AUGGACCCCUCACAGGAUCCCAGCCAGCUCCCGGAAGCCACACCGGAUGCUCCAGACCGCAACACCAUGGAACAAAUCCGCCUGAGGCGGCUUGCCAAAUUAGGCACAGCUUCACCGAAACCCUCCGAAGAAAGCGGCCCCUCUACUAAGCCAGAGGGCACGUCCACAACUCUGUCAGCACCGACUCCCGAACAACGCGCAUCGCCGGCCGCCCAGGCGAGCGAGAAGCGCAAGAUCAACGUUACGCCGACACCAGCAGACAAACCGCAAGUCUCUUCCUCCCCGUCCUCGACCAUCCCGGAUCGAUCGCAUAAGCGGGCCGCUGCGAAGAUUGAUGACCGCCCACAGGCCACGCAGCCGGCAACCAAAAAGCCCAACAUGGCGCCCGAGGAGUCUAUCGAUGAUUAUACCCACCGCACCGUCAGUUCGUUAUUCCGAAUUACCUUGAAUUCCAGUCAAACGGAUGACGGCCACGGCCACCAAACCACAUUCCUGCCAGGCGUAGCCUCCGAACUUGCCGAGGUCGGUGCGCCCGCCAAGUUCACCGUGGCAGUCCUCGAUACGACGUUGUUGGAGGCAGCUACGGCGCAACCGCACGCGACACCACUUCUUCGGUACUUGCUACCAUGCUGGAAGAGAGUCAGUCGAACAAUGGCCUUGCUCAAGGAUGGCGAGAAGCAGAAGAGAGAGGUUUUGGAGGAGGCGAAGAGACUCUGUAUGAGCUACUGUCUCUUUGCGCUGACGAUUCCUGAUCUGUUCGGGCGACCCCAGCCCGAUGACCUCGUAACAUUUCUCCUCAGAAGCCAAGAACACGAGGAUUCUAUCUCCAUCGACUUCACCAAGGACGUUAUUUCCCGAUUUCCGGAGGACGAGCAGUACCCCGCCGUGUUUGCAGAUGCAAUGGCUGCUAUCAGCGUGAAGCUGUCUGAUAUGAGCAUGGAGUCUGAUUACCGGCCCUACUUGAACGCCCUGUCCUUUUAUGCAAAAUUCCCUCCUCUGCUAAGGGCGGUUUCCGAGCACGAAAUGUUUCUGUCAGCCACCACUGGCCCAGAAGUGGAGAGGAAGACCAUACUCGGCCCUUUCUUCCGACUGUCGCCGCUUCAGUCCGAGGUCAGCCUGACAUACUUCCCGAACCCUCGCUCACUCGAUAAGGGGAGGGCAGCGCAGUCACAAGAUGCUCUUCGUGCCAUUCUGCGGGUAUAUCAGGAUGAGCUUUUCGCGAUUGCCAACGCCUUCAUUCGUUCUGACUCUGAUACGAGAAACCGCAUGCUCGACUGGUGCGCCCUCGGAGUCAACACUAAUCACAAGCGAAGAGCCAUCCAGGUCGAUCCUCGGGAGGUCUCUUCAGACGGCUUCAUGGUCAACUUGACUGUCAUUCUCGACCGCUUCUGUUCGCCCUUCAUGGACACAACCUUUUCCAAGGUUGACAGGAUCGAGGUUGACUAUUUCAGGCGCAACCCUAGGGUAAGUAUCAAGGACGAGACCAAGAUUAACGCCGACCAAGCCGCCUCAGACGCCUUCUACGCCAACGCAGAUUCCAAGAGCUCCAACUUCAUAUCCGAGGUUUUUUUCCUGGCUCUGGCUGCCCAUCACUACGGCAGCGGCGCGACCAACUCGAAGCUGAAAUCAUUGGACCGAGACAUAAAGUUCUACGAAAAGCAUAUCACGGCCAUGGAGGCGGAGCGAUACAAACUGGCUAAUAAUCCUGCUCGACUUGCCAUGUUCGAAGUCAGCCUCAAAAGGCAUACAGAUGUAUUGGAGAAGGCAAUCGCGUCCAAGAACGCUAUUGAGGGUGUUUUUCUCGACGAUAAGAUGCAAGAAUUAUCCUUGCGGUUCAUGAAGUAUGUCGCGGUUUGGAUGCUGCGUCUUGCCAGCCAAUCAGCCUACACACCGGAGAAGGACCUAGCACUCCCGUUGCCUUCGCCCCAGCCGGAGGCGUUCGCGUGUCUGCCUGAAUAUGCUCUACAGGACGUGGUAGACAACUUCAAAUUCGUAUACCGAUACCUACCUCAGAUUAUGCCGUCAGCUGUCGGCAGCGAAAUGAUUGCUCUCUGCAUUGCAUUCCUUCAAUCAUCAGAGUUCAUCAAGAACCCAUAUCUCAAGUCCUCCUUAGUCACACUUCUCUUUUCCGGAACCUGGCCGUUCUCUCACUUCAAGAAAGGGGUUCUCGGCGACCAGCUGUAUGGCUCAAAAUUCGCCAACAAGCAUCUUCUCCGGGCCCUGAUGAAGUUUUACAUUGAGGCCGAGUCCACGGGUGCACACACGCAGUUCUAUGACAAGUUCAACAUUCGGUACGAGAUUUUCCAGGUCAUCAAGUGUGUCUGGGGCAACGACGUGUACAGGGAGCAGCUUGCACGCGAGAGCAAGGUCAACCGACAGUUUUUUGUUCAAUUCGUCAACUUGCUUCUCAAUGAUGCCACCUAUGUGCUUGACGAAGCCUUGACCAAGUUCCCCAAGAUUCAUCAGCUGCAAGCUGAGCUAGAACAGAAUCCCGGCAUGACGCCUGAAGAUCGCGAAAAGAAGCUCGAGGAGCUGCAGACUCUGGAAGGUCAGGCCGGAUCCUAUAUGCAGCUGGCCAAUGAGACCCUGGCCAUGAUGAAGCUCUUCACCUCGGCACUCGCCGAUGCUUUCACAAUGCCAGAGAUUGUGCAGCGGUUAGCGAGCAUGCUCAACUACAACCUCGAGACGCUGGCGGGCCCCAAGAUGGGCCAAUUGAAGGUUAAUGAUCCUUCCAAAUAUCACUUUCAGCCGCGAGUGCUGCUGUCCGACUUUGUCGAUAUUUACCUCAACCUUGCCAACUCGCAGGCCUUCAUCGACGCCGUCGCCGCCGACGGACGCUCGUACAAGCCUGAAACUUUUGACAAGGCAGGGUUCAUUCUGAUGAAGCGCCACAUGAAGGACGAUGUCGAGCUGAAAAAGUUUGAUGCCCUCAAGAACAGCUUCAAGGAGUCCAAGGCCAUCGCCGACCAGGCGGAACUAGAUCUCGGCGAGAUCCCUGCAGACUUUGAGGAUCCCAUCCUCGGUGACCUGAUGAAGGACCCCGUCAUCCUGCCUUCACAGCAUGUCGUCGAUCGCUCGACCAUUAUGCAGCACCUUCUGUCUGACCCCAAGGACCCCUUUACACGUCAGCCGAUGACGAUCGAGGACGUGGUGCCUGACCAGGCUCUGCGGGACAGGAUCGAAGCCUGGAAGGCGGAGAAGAUUGAGGCUGCUAAGGCCAAGGUUUUGGGCGACUCUAUGGAUACAACGGACGGAUGA